AUGUCCAAACGAGGCACAGACAACCAGCUCACAAAGGACAACUAUGACCAGGAAGACCACGACUUGGGCACCCAGAUGGGGACAUUCAAGAUGGCAUCAGUUGAUGAACUCGCCAGACGGCCGUAUACGUUAUCCAACUUGAGCGACGAUGGCAAAAGACCUUCACCAACAGGAUCACAAUCUUCCACCCCCAGCAUGCCGUCAUCGUCGCCUAGUUUAAAAGCGGCCGCAUCGUCAUCCACCAAUCCGUUCGCAAACAUCACUUUUAGCGGAACUCCUGCGAAGAACACAAGGAUCUCAGGAGGAGCCAAGAGUUCCCCCACUGGAUCGCAGUCAAGCAACGCUUUUACUUUCAACAUUGGCAGCAACGCAAACACCCUCGCCAUUACAACACCCGUCCCCACUGCUGCUGAGCCACUCACAAUCGAUCGGGAAGGCUACGAGAGGUCACUUCGCGGAGUCAACCAGGGUUUUCUGAAACGGAUCCAGCGUGAUUUGGAGCACAAUGCCACCACGAACCUCGCUGGAGCCUUUGAGGCAUACAUUGAGCAACGCAAGAAAGUGAAGAAACAAUACCCGGGGAUUGAAGAGCCCCAGACCAUUGUCAUGAGUGGCACCGAUACCAGUGACAUCACUCCCGUGAAAAAGACGUUUUCAGGACUUGGAGUGAAUGCAGUGCCAGGAGAUACAACAUCAACAGCAUCGGGAUCGGUCCAGACACCACCAACAUCUUCUCCAUUUGCAAAUCUCGCAGGAAGUGGUCUCUUUGGGUUCGGAUCCUCAUCUAUCAAGGGAGCCAUCGACCCCCCCAGGAACCCAACCUCGUCAGCUGCAUGGAUUAUUAACAACAACAAUACCGGAAUGAACGGAUCUGCUACGUCGUCAUCAUCGUCAUCGGCUGUUCAUCCUUUUGGCUCACCUUUUUCCGCUACUGUGACAACAAAUACCCCGUUUGCAACCUCUUCGUCGGCGACUACGAACAAACCAUUCUCCUUUCAGCCAAAGCCCUUCUCAACUGGGCGGUCAGGAUCCAUGUCUGGAGGAUCUUUUGGAUCACCUGCGCCAGGAUCACCUUCUACCACACCAAAACCUUUUGUGCUCCAGACUACUUCGAAUUCACAAAGGGCCGCCUCCACCACCUCCGCCGCCACAAGCAACGUAGCAUCGAGCAGUAGUAAUCAUGGCGAUCAGGAGAGGGUGGCUGAUGAUACAAAGGCGGAACUGGUCGAUUCUAGAAAGGGCGAGGAGGACGAGCGGACGGUAUACGAGGCCCGGGCAAAGUUGUUUGGUAGCGAGAAUAACGAGCACAAAGAUUUGGGCAUUGGCCAGUUCCGAGUCAACGAACAUACGAUCUCCAAGAGGCGCCGGAUGAUUAUGAGGAUUGGCGGCACCGGCUUGAUCACGAUCAACAGUUGGAUUAUUCAGGAAUUGCCGCCACAGCGGAAUAAGAACACGCUGACCAUCUUUGCCAUCGAUAACGGGAAACCAAAGCGGUUCAUGCUGCGUGUCAAGGAAGAGCAGACGGCUCAAGAACUCCUCCAGGCUUUGGAAGGUGGCCAAACCGUAUGA